AUGUCUCUGUGUAUGAAUCGUCUCCAAGAGGAGCGCAAGCUCUGGAGGCGCGAUCACCCGUUCGGGUUCUAUGCGCGACCGACGCGAAACAGCGAUGGCAUCCUCGACCUCAAGAACUGGGAGUGUGGUAUUCCUGGCAAGGAGAAGACCAUUUGGGAGGGUGGCCAGUUCAAGCUGACGGUGCAGUUCCCCGACGAGUACCCGACAAAGCCUCCAAAAUGCAAAUUCGUUCCGCCUCUGUUCCAUCCAAAUGUCUACCCGAGCGGCACCGUUUGCCUGUCCAUACUGAACGAGGAGGAGGCGUGGAAACCGGCCAUCACCGUAAAGCAGAUUCUCAUCGGUGUACAGGACCUCCUGAACGAUCCCAACCCCGAGUCGCCUGCGCAGGCAGACGCCUAUAACCUCUUCAAGAAGGACCGCGCGGAGUACGAGCGCCGUGUCAAGCGGGUGGUGCGCGACAACCCUGCCCCUUGA